AAGUGAACGUCGGGUGGUGGAGUGUGAUUGAAGCUACUGAGGAGAAACAACAGCAGGGGGAAACACAGUCUGCCGGUCUUAUUUGCACAAUUUUGACAGGCUAUUUCCUCUAAAAUGGCGUAUCACAGUCCUUACAGAGCUCCACCGCAGAUCAGCGCUCCCCCGGAUCAAGGUUUUCUGUGGAAUAUCUUUCAGAGGGUUGACAAGGACCGGAGCGGAGUGAUAUCAGACUCAGAGCUUCAGCAGGCCUUAUCAAAUGGCACAUGGACUCCCUUCAACCCAGUGACCGUCCGCUCCAUCAUAUCCAUGUUCGACAGGGAAAACAAAGGUGGGGUGAACUUCAACGAGUUCGCCGGUGUGUGGAAGUACAUCACAGACUGGCAGAACAUCUUUAGGACCUAUGACAGGGACAACUCCGGCUUCAUCGAUAAGAAUGAGCUUAAACAGGCACUGACUGGAUUUGGUGAGCAGCAAAGCUAUCGUCUAUCAGAUCAGUUCUACAGCACACUGAUAGAGAAGUUUGACCGCCAGAGGAAGGGACAGGUGGCCUUUGAUGACUUCAUCCAGUGCUGUAUUGUACUACAGAGGUUGACUGACGUGUUCAGGCGAUACGAUACAGAUCAGGAUGGCUGGAUCCAGGUAUCAUAUGAACAGUACCUUUCCAUGGUCUUCAAUAUAGUAUAACACACACGGAUGAGUACAGGAGAGCACAACUGGAAACAACUGUGCAAAAGCUACCGGCACCCCCCGAAUGUCUGCAAUUGUGGACACAACAAGAUUUUUUUUUAAACCUAAUUUUUAGCCACAGUUUGGCUGUUUCACACAAAUUUAUAAAACUAACAAGAAAACUUAAAGGAAUGUUCCAUUUUUUGAGUUCGUAAUACCUUCCAGAUGAGAGUAUGUGUCUGGAAGUGCAACUUUAAAGCUCGAUGUUUUAAAAUAGUAUCUUGCAGUGUUUUGUUUGGGUGACCAAUCUGAACAAUGUCUGUGUUGAGGACUCUCUGUUGGGAAUAUUAUGAACACAUCUGUCAGUCUGUCUGUUAUUGUCAAUAAACUUUUUUAAUCUCUUAACUUUAA